ACCCCACCUUCUGUCUUUAUUUAUGUCUGUAUGUUAGGGCCACUGCCGCUGUCCUCUCGAAUAGAACACAUCGGUCUGGAACGGCUGCUGCCCUUGGGACAGGUACUACUCCUCGCCCCAAUUCCGGUGCGCCAUGUAUGAGGGCAAAAAGACGAAAAACAUGUUUUUAACCAGAGCUUUGGAGAAGAUCCUGGCCGACAAAGAGGUUAAAAAGGCUCACCAUUCGCAAUUGCGAAAAGCCUGCGAGGUGGCACUAGAGGAAAUAAAGGAAGAGUCUGAAAAAUUAAGUCCUCCUCCAGACAGCAAAUCAGAUUCUAGCACUCUUCCGCCAAUCAAAUCAAAGACCAGCUUCAUCGAGGCCGACAAGUACUUCCUGCCGUUUGAGUUGGCAUGUCAGUCCAAAUGUCCCCGCAUCGUCAUCACAUCACUAGACUGUUUACAGAAGCUGAUAGCGUACGGCCACCUGACAGGCAGCGGUCCAGACAGCGCGGCCCCAGGCAAGAAGCUCAUCGACAGGAUCAUCGAGACCAUCUGUGGCUGCUUCCAGGGACCACAGACAGAUGAGGGGGUGCAGCUACAGAUCAUUAAGGCCCUGUUGACGGCGGUGACCUCCCAGCACAUAGAGAUUCACGAGGGCACGGUGCUGCAGGCGGUCAGGACCUGCUACAACAUCUACCUAGCCAGCAAGAACCUCAUCAACCAGACCACGGCCAAGGCCACACUCACUCAGAUGCUCAACGUCAUCUUCGCCCGCAUGGAGAACCAGGCACUCCAGGAGGCCAAGCAGAUGGAGAGGGAGAAGCACCGGCAGCACUCCCCAGUCACCCAGCAACAGGAACAGGAACAAGACUCGCCCCAGCUCCAGCAGCACUCCUAUCCCACAGCCAAGGGCCUUCCUCGGGAGGCCAACGGGCCCACCACCCCCUCUACACCCACGCCCACCUCCACACCCUCCACUCCCUCCACACCUACACCUGCCCCGGCCCCUAAGGGCAGCACGGCUGGGGCAGGGGACCCCCAGGGGGCCACGGAGGAGGGCCAGGGGGCUACAGAGGAGGAGCAGGCAUUGCAGGGGGAACCGGGGGCGGUUUAUGAGAGCACGAACCCAGAGAAUGGCUCUGAGUUCAACACAGCAGAGAACCACCAGACAGAGGCAGACCAGCCCACAGGGUUGGGUGCCGCUCAGCGUGAUCAGGAAGCAGUAGAGGAGGGGGAGGAGCCUAACUAUGAGGAGAAAACCCCGGAGAUCAUCCAGAGCAUCCUACAGGAGGUCGUCAACACCGUUGUCACGGAACCUGCUAAGGUCAUCAAUGAGGUUAUCACCAAGGCAACAGCGAUCACAGAGGUCACAGAGAUGGUAGAAGACGAGGGGGACAGCGAGAACGUCCACGCCAACGGAAUCCCCGGCACGCCCAUCUCUGCCAGCUUCCCUCCGUCGCUGCCCGAUGACAGGCUGUCUGUCUCCUCUAGUGAUACACAGGAGUCGGGAGCGACCACAGGCCCAGUACCAGGUGCUAAGUUCUCCCAUAUUCUCCAGAAGGAUGCCUUCCUAGUGUUUAGAUCGCUCUGCAAGCUGUCCAUGAAGCCUCUGUCAGAUGGUCCCCCAGACCCAAAGUCCCACGAGCUGCGCUCCAAGGUGCUGUCCCUCCAGCUGCUCCUGUCCAUACUGCAGAACGCUGGGCCCAUCUUCAAGACCAACGAGAUGUUCAUCAACGCCAUCAAGCAGUACCUGUGUGUGGCGCUGUCUAAGAACGGUGUCUCCUCUGUCCCUGAAGUCUUUGAGCUCUCGCUCUCCAUCUUCCUCACCCUCCUUUCCCACUUCAAGACCCACCUCAAGAUGCAGAUCGAGGUGUUCUUCAAGGAGAUUUUCCUGUAUAUUCUGGAGACGUCAACAAGCUCCUACGACCAUAAAUGGAUGGUUAUACAGACCCUAACCAGAAUAUGUGCAGAUGCCCAGGGUGUGGUGGAUAUCUAUGUGAAUUAUGAUUGUGACUUGAAUGCUGCUAAUAUCUUUGAGAGGCUGGUGAAUGACCUGUCGAAGAUUGCACAGGGCCGGGCAGGCCACGAGCUCGGUACAACACCACUCCAGGAGUUGACCCUGAGGAAGAAAGGCCUGGAGUGUCUGGUGUCCAUCUUGAAGUGUAUGGUAGAGUGGAGUAAGGACCAGUAUGUCAACCCCAACUCCCAAACCAGCCUUGGUCAGGAGAAGCCCUCGGAGCAGGAGACCAAUGAGACGAAGGCCCCGGAGACCAUCAACCGAUACGGAAGCAUCAACUCGCUGGACUCCACAGCCUCGUCCGGCAUCGGGAGCUAUAGUACACAGAUGUCAGGGACAGACAACCCCGAGCAGUUUGAGGUUCUCAAACAACAGAAGGAGAUCAUCGAGCAGGGCAUUGACCUGUUCAACAAGAAACCAAAGAGGGGCAUCCAGUACCUCCAGGAGCAAGGUAUGCUGGGAACCACCCCGGAGGACCUCGCUCAGUUCCUGCACCAGGAGGAGAGGCUGGACUCGACUCAGGUGGGUGAGUUCCUGGGGGACAAUGAUCGCUUCAAUAAAGAGGUCAUGUAUGCCUAUGUGGACCAGAUGGACUUCCAGGGCAAAGACUUUGUCUACGCUCUCAGAACAUUCCUCGAGGGCUUCCGUCUCCCGGGAGAGGCUCAGAAGAUCGACAGGCUCAUGGAGAAAUUUGCUGCUAGAUAUCUGGAAUGCAAUCAGGGGCAAACUGAGUUUGCAAGUGCAGACACUGCGUACGUCCUUGCCUACUCAAUCAUUAUGUUGACAACAGACCUUCAUAGUCCGCAGGUUAAGAACAAGAUGACUAAAGAACAAUACAUCAAGAUGAACAGAGGGAUCAACGACAGCAAGGAUCUACCGGAGGAGUAUCUGUCGGCCAUCUACGACGAGAUCGCAGGGAAGAAGAUUGCUAUGAAGGGGACCAAGGAAAUUACUCUGAAAUCCAACAAGCACAGUGUGGCCAGUGAGAAGCAGAGGCGGCUACUGUAUAAUGUAGAGAUGGAGCAGAUGGCUAAGACAGCCAAGGCCCUGAUGGAGGCAGUCAGUCACGUCCAGGCUCCCUUCACCAGCGCCACACACCUGGAGCACGUCAGACCCAUGUUCAAGCUGGCCUGGACCCCGUUCCUAGCAGCCUUCAGUGUGGGCCUCCAGGACUGUGACGAUACUGAGGUGGCUUUUCUCUGUCUGGAGGGAAUACGCUUUGCCAUCCGGAUAGCCUGCAUCUUCACCAUACAGCUUGAGCGGGAUGCGUAUGUGCAGGCCCUGGCACGGUUCACCCUGCUCACAGCCAGCUCUGGCAUCACUGAGAUGAAGCAGAAGAACAUCGACACCAUCAAGACUCUCAUCACCGUCGCCCACACAGACGGAAACUACCUGGGCAACUCCUGGCACGAGAUAAUGAAGUGUAUCAGUCAGUUGGAGCUGGCCCAGCUGAUCGGGACGGGGGUGAAGGCCAGGUACAUCUCAGGGACGGUUCGGGGGAAAGAGGGCUUCAUCACCAGCACCAAGGAGCAGAGCAACGAUGAAUACCUGGGCCUGGCAGGUGGGACAGUAGACCGGAAGCAGAUCCUCAGUAUCCAGGAGUCCAUAGGAGAGACCAGCUCCCAGAGUGUGGUGGUGGCUGUGGACAGAAUAUUCACAGGUUCUACCAGACUGGAUGGUAAUGCAAUUGUGGACUUUGUGCGCUGGUUGUGUGCUGUGUCUAUGGAUGAGCUGGCCUCGCCCACACACCCCCGCAUGUUCAGCCUGCAGAAGAUAGUGGAGAUCUCCUACUACAACAUGGGACGAAUCAGACUGCAGUGGUCCAGGAUCUGGGAGGUCAUUGGAGACCACUUCAACAAGGUUGGAUGUAACCCCAAUGAGGAUGUAGCUAUCUUUGCCGUGGAUUCUCUCCGGCAGCUGUCCAUGAAGUUUCUAGAGAAGGGAGAGCUGGCGAACUUCAGGUUCCAGAAGGACUUUCUGAGGCCUUUCGAGCACAUCAUGAAAAAGAACAGAUCUCCAACGAUCAGGGACAUGGUGGUGCGCUGUAUAGCCCAGAUGGUCAACUCACAGGCGGGGAACAUCCGGUCGGGCUGGAAGAACAUCUUCUCAGUGUUCCACCUGGCUGCCUCAGACCAGGAUGAGAGCAUCGUAGAGCUAGCCUUCCAGACGACGGGCCACAUCAGCAUGAAUGUAUUUGAGAAGCACUUCCCAGCCACCAUAGACUCCUUCCAGGAUGCAGUCAAGUGUCUGUCUGAGUUCGCCUGCAACGCCUCCUUCCCCGACACCAGCAUGGAGGCCAUCCGUCUCAUCCGCCACUGCGCCAAAUACGUCUCUGACAGGCCCCAGGCAUUCAAAGACUACACCAGCGAUGACAUGAAUGUAGUCCCAGAGGACCGGGUGUGGGUGAGAGGGUGGUUCCCCAUCCUCUUUGAGCUGUCCUGCAUCAUCAACAGGUGCAAACUGGACGUCAGGACCAGGGGUCUGACGGUGAUGUUUGAGGUGAUGAAGACCUAUGGACACACCUUUGAGAAGCACUGGUGGCAGGAUCUGUUCAGGAUCGUCUUCAGGAUAUUUGACAACAUGAAGCUGCCUGAGCAGCAAACUGAGAAAGCAGAGUGGAUGACGACGACCUGUAACCACGCACUUUACGCCAUCUCUGACGUGUUCACGCAGUACUUUGAGACUCUCAGUGACGUCCUGCUGGAUGACAUCCUGUCCCAACUGUACUGGUGUGUUCAGCAAGAUAAUGAGCAGUUGGCUCGGUCAGGCACUAACUGUCUAGAGAACGUGGUCAUCCUGAAUGGAGAGAAGUUUACUCCGGAGACCUGGGACAAGACCUGUAACUGCAUGCUGGACAUCUUCAAGACCACCAUCCCACACGCACUGUUGACAUGGAGACUAGCAGGAGCAGAGGGGGAUCCCAUGACACCACAGGAUGUAUCAGACAAACAGCUGGAUUCAAUUUCCCAGAAGUCAGUGGACAUCCAGUCCCGUUCCGAGGACCAGCAUUCCAUCAACAGUGCGGAGAGGAUUGCCAUGGAGACCCGGCGGCAGAGUCAGUACAGCGCAGGCAUGUGUGAGGACAGCCCCAGAACCCGGACUCCAACAAAGAUCCAGGAGCAGAGGUUAUUCUCAGGCUUGCUCAUUAAGUGUGUAGUGCAGUUGGAGCUGAUCCAGACCAUAGACAACAUGGUCUUCUUCCCUGCAACCAGCAGGAAGGAGGACGCUGAGAACCUGGCUGCUGCGCAGAGAGAUGCUCUGGACGCGGCAGAUGUCCGUGUCGAGACUCAGGACCAAGGAAUGUACCGCUACCUGACCUCAGAACAGCUGUUUAAGCUGCUGGACUGCCUGUUGGAGUCCCACCGCUUCGCCAAGGCCUUCAACUCUAGCAACGAGCAGAGGACCACUCUAUGGAAGGCAGGUUUUAAAGGGAAGUCGAAGCCCAAUCUGCUGAAGCAGGAGACCAGCAGUCUGGCGUGUGGCCUAAGGAUCCUGUUCCGGAUGUACACUGAUGACAGCCGUCAGACCGCCUGGGAGGAAGUCCAGAGACGGCUGCUUAAUGUGUGCAGUGAGGCAGUAGCCUACUUCCUGACUCUAACAUCAGAGAGCCACAGAGAAGCCUGGACCAACCUUUUGCUCCUCUUCCUCACCAAGGUCCUGAAGAUCAGUGACGACAGGUUCAAGGCCCAUGCGUCCAGGUACUAUCCUCUGCUGUGUGAGAUCAUGCAGGUUGAUCUAAUCCCAGAACUGCGGGCCGUGCUGCGGAAGUUCUACCUACGCAUCGGAAUCGUGUUCCAGAUCGCCCAGCUGCCUGAACUACCUGCAGAACCAGAACCAGAGCUGGAAGUUGAGGUGGAGAGGGGGGAGGUGGCUGGAGAGGAAGCCCAGUGAUGGUGCACUUGUAGCGGGCUGGCUGCGAGACCUCUGACUAGGGAAGCCUGGAGUUCUGGAAGUCCUCCUCCCCCGCUUGCCUUGGGUUUGUCUACCAACCCUUUAGGACUAUGGUCUCCCCUCCCCCAGGGUACUAUGAAGGGUGCAUCUGACCAGACUUCACCCUUCUGGAUUUGGCAGUUACCCAGAAUCCCCAACUAACGGUACAGGAAACUCCAAGGUGUCUCUACUGUGAACCUGACUGGUCAUGUGACAGAAAAUGGCAACUCCCAUAUACACUACAUGGCUAAAGGUAUGUGGACAAGUGCUUGUCGAACGUGUCAUUCCAAAAUCAUGGGCAUUUAUAUGGAGUUGGUCCCCCCUUUGCUGCUAUAACAGCCUCCACUCUUCUGGA